AUGAACUCAUUUAUUAAACUAUAUGUAAUACCAAUCUCAAAUUACCCUAUAAUUCUUGGAGCAGAUAUUAGUAGAAAAUUUAGAGUAUUUCCACCUGAAAUUGAAGUGAUCCCACCUGGUGAAAGUAUUGAGUUACCUGAUUGUAUGAAAAAUAAGAUUGAAACUCCUAUGGAAGAUAAAUGGUUUCUUCAAAACUUACAAGAAUUUGAUGAAUCACAAACUAGAGAUUUAGUUACUGGUGAAUACAAGAAUGAUGAAAUAUUUCAAUUUAAUUCUAGACAUCAACAUAAGCUGGUAGAAAUUUCAUUAUUUAUGGAUAAACUUAUGAAGGACUUUGAAGCUAAUUUAAGUAAUGAACCACCACCAUUUAAAGGAACAGGACAGUUCACUCAUACCAUUAAUUUAAAAGAUCCAUCUAUUGUUCCACAAUUAAAACCAUAUCGUGUUGCAAAUAAUAAAAAAGAAGCUUUAGAUUUACAGAUUCAACUGCUAUUAAAAGCUGGGUACAUUAGGCCGAGUAAUAGUCCUUACUCGUCACCAUGCCUAUUUGUACCCAAGGCCGAUGGUUCAUGGCGGUUAUGUAUUGAUUAUAGACAACUAAAUAGCAAUACAAUAGAUGAUAAAUUUCCACUCCCUUCAGCUGAAGAAUUGCUAGAUUCUGUUGGUAAUUCAGGAUUCAUCACUAAGCUCGAUUUUACUUCAGGAUACCACCAGUUAGGCAUGGAUGAGAAGUCAAUCCCAUUAACGGCCUUUUCCACGCCUUAUGGAUUGUACGAGUGGCUCACCAUGCCGUUUGGGCUUAAAAACGCCCCGGCCACGUUCCAGCGUGUGAUGAAUUAUAUCUUUCGAGAUUACCUAAACAAGUGGUUAGUCGUUUACCUUGAUGACCUCUUAAUAUUUGAUCAUAAUAGGUCGGAACACAUGAAACACAUAAGACAAGUUUUUCUGGUGUUGAAACAAUAUGGUUUUGUUGCUAAACCUUCCAAAUGUUUAUUUUUUAUGAAACAAGUUAAUUUUCUCGGUCAUAUUAUUUCUGCUAAUGGUAUUAAAACUUCAGAUUCAAAAAUUCAAGCUUUAAUAAAUUGGGAGCUACCAAAAACUAAUAAAGGUAUGCAGUCUUUUGUGGGUUUUGUUUCAUAUUAUAGAAAGUUUGUGUUAAAUUUUAGUAAGAUCAUUAGACCUUUAAUUUUAUGUGGUUUAGGAAAACUUAGAACAAAUAGACCUGAAGUUAAAUUAGCAUUUGAAACAAUUAAACAGAAAUUAAUAAAUGCUCCCAUACUUAAAUCUCCUAGAAAUGGUGCUACAUAUGUUAUUACUGCUGAUGCCAGUCAAUUUGCUGUUGGUGCUGUAAUAGAAAUUUUAAAUGAUUCUGGUAAAGUAGAUGGUACAGUUGCAUAUUAUAGUAAAUCAAUAUCUAAAUUUGAAAUGAAUUAUCCAGUUAGAGAAAAAGAGUUAUUGGCUAUUAUUAAAGUUUUGGUAAGAUAUAGACAUUUUUUACUUGGUCACCACAUUAUUAUUAAAACAGAUCAUCAACUGUUGCUGUAUUUAUUAAGAUCUAAAGGUCCUCCAUCAGCUAGGUUAGCCAGGUGGCUUGAAAUUUUAUGCCAAUAUGAUAUUGAUAUUCAUUACAUUAAAGGUAAAACUAAUAUUGCUGAUGCUUUAAGUAGAAAAUUUGAGUUAUCCUUAAAAGAAACUAUUCCUAAAUCUGGAGAUGAUAUGGAAGAUAUAGUUUAUAUAAAUAAUACAGAAACUAAUAAUGAUUCAACUGAAGUUGUAGAUGUAACUGCUAUGGAUUUUACCAAUCAAACAUUAGGGAAUGAAUUUUUAAAUGAAUUAAAACAAGCAUAUGCUGAUGAUGAAGCUUUAAAUGAAAUUUAUAAUAUCUUCAAAAAUGAUUUACCAAUUCCAAAACUGAUUAAACACCAUAUAAAAAAUUUUGUUUAUGAAGAUGGUUUCAUAUUUUUCAAAGGUUUUGAUGCUAAAGCAAAUAUCAAUUAUAGGUUGUGGAUUCCAAAUUCUUUACAAUAUAAGGUGGUACAUUCAAUUCAUUCUGCUAUAACUAACUUACAUCCUGGUGCUGAAGUUACAUUUCUUCAAUUAGUCAAAUAUUUUUAUUGGCCAAGAAUGGUAGAAUCAGUAAAAAGAAUUGUUAGAAACUGCAGUAUAUGUCAAGCUAUUAAACCAAGAAAUCAUUCACAAUUUGGAUUGUUACAAUCCUUGCCAGAUCCAACAGAAAGAUGGAGUUCUAUUUCAAUGGAUUUUGUUGGUGGCUUCCCCAUGGUUGAUAACAAAGAUUACAUAUUAGUUAUAGUUGAUCGUUUUACCAAAAGAGCACACUUUAUUCCAUGUGCAAAAACUAUAACAGCUAAACAAACUGCUAGGUUAUUUGUUGAAACUAUUUUUAAACUCCAUGGUUUGCCAGAUGAAAUCAUUUCUGACAAUGAUGUAAGGUUUACUUCAAAUUUUUGGUUGGACUUCUUUUCUGAAUUGAAAGUUUUGUUGAAGUUCUCCACUGUUUACCAUCCUCAAACAGAUGGCCAAACGGAAAGAACAAAUAGAACUCUUAUCCAAUUAUUGAAAGCUUUUGCUGAUUAUGGUGAUGCUGAAUGGUUGUUAAAAUUACCUAUUACUGAGUAUGCUUAUAAUGCACAUUAUCAUAAAGCUAUAAAGAUGUCUCCAUUUGAAGCUGAUAUUGGUUAUAUACCUAAGGCCCCUCAUUUUGAUACAAGGGUGCUUAAAUUUAGUGCUGAUAGAAUGGUCCCUAAUGCUGCUUUAACAGGUACUGAUUUUGCUAGAAUGCUUCAUUAUCAAAACGAACUAGUUAAAAAUAAUAUUAUGGAAGCACAAGCUAAUGCUGAAAAGGUAUAUAAUAAACAUCGUGAAGAAUUGUUGUUGAAAGUUCGUGAUGAAGUGCUUGUUCAUAGAAAUGCUAAAAUGUUUAGUGGUAACUUUAAAUUAACAAAACAGGGCAAUUUAUUUUUUGGGCCAUAUGCGGUUUCUAAAAUUUUCCCAGAUAACCCUAAUAUUUACGAACUUGAAGUUGGAAUACACCCAAGUUACGAUCGCAUUUUCAAUGUUAAAAAUUUAAAACCAUAUGUUAAAGAUAGAAUUAUGUUUCCAAGAGAUCCUCCUAGAAAUUUAAAUGCAUUAAGAGUUUUUGCAAGAGAAGAUAAAAUUAAAGCAAUUGUUGGUGUUAAUUUGUUAGAUAAAGAAGUAGCUCUUACAUUUAAAGAAUGUGAUCCAAAUUUAGCAGUUAUAUUUGAUAUUGGUGAUUUAAAAAGUGCUUGCCCACCACCAUUGUUUUUAAAACUAUUUCAAACAUAUGAUAAAGAAUCUGCUGUUACUCCUGAUAGUCAUGGACUGCAAGUGUUAGAUGAUGACACUAUUGUUGAAGAAGGAAGUAGUUGA